AAAUUUCUGGAAGGUGCGGCCGGAGCGGGGCCGGGAUCGGGAUCAGGAUAAGGGUCGGGAUCGGCAGCAGGGUCGGGCCGGGGGUCGCGGGCGGUGACGGCCCCCAGCGCCGCCGCCAUGAACCACAAGAGCAAGAAGCGGAUCCGUGAAGCGAAGCGCAGCGCCCGGCCCGAGCUGAAGGACUCGCUGGACUGGACCCGUCACAACUACUGCGAGACCUUCCCCCUCAGCCCCACCGCCUGCAAGGAUAACGUGGAGAGGGCCGAUGCACUCCAGUUAACAGUGGAGGAGUUUGUUGAGCGGUAUGAAAAGCCUUACAAGCCCGUGGUGCUGCUGAACGCUCAGGUGGGCUGGUCUGCCCAGGAGAAGUGGACGCUGGAGCGGCUGAAACGCAAGUACAGGAACCAGAAGUUCAAGUGUGGGGAGGACAAUGAUGGUUACUCUGUGAAGAUGAAGAUGAAAUAUUACAUCGAGUACAUGGAAACCACACGUGAUGACAGCCCCCUGUACAUCUUUGACAGCAGCUAUGGAGAGCAUCCCAAACGAAGGAAACUCCUGGAGGACUACAAGGUCCCCAAAUUCUUCACUGAUGAUCUGUUUCAGUAUGCAGGGGAGAAACGAAGGCCACCCUACAGAUGGUUUGUGAUGGGCCCCCCUCGUUCUGGAACAGGAAUUCACAUUGAUCCCUUGGGAACCAGUGCAUGGAAUGCCUUAGUGCAGGGACAUAAGCGUUGGUGCCUGUUCCCAACCAGCACCCCCAGAGAGCUGAUCAAGGUGACACGGGAGGAGGGGGGCAACCAGCAGGACGAGGCCAUCACCUGGUUCAAUGUCAUCUAUCCUCGGACACAGCUGCCCACCUGGCCCCCCGAGUUCAAACCCCUGGAAGUCUUACAGAAACCAGGAGAGACAGUCUUUGUGCCAGGUGGUUGGUGGCACGUGGUCCUCAAUCUUGACACAACCAUUGCCAUCACACAAAACUUUGCCAGCUGUACCAACUUCCCAGUGGUGUGGCACAAGACAGUAAGAGGGAGACCGAAACUGUCACGGAAAUGGUACAGGAUCCUAAAGCAGGAGCAUCCUGAAUUGGCAGCCUUAGCUGAUUCAGUUGACCUGCAGGAAUCUACUGGUAUCGCUUCCGACAGUUCUAGUGAUUCUUCCAGUUCAUCAAGUUCCAGCUCCUCAGACUCUGAUUCAGAGUGUGACUCUGGCUCUGAGACAGAGGGGAUGAUGCACCGCAGGAAGAAGCGGAGGACAUGCGGGAUGAUGGGGAACGGGGACACGACUUCCCAGGACGACUGCGUGAGCAAAGAGCGCAGCUCCUCCAGGAUUAGGGAAUCUUGUGGAGGCCGCAGCUACCCCUGAGGGAUAACACCACCUACCCAGAGGCAGCUGCUGAUGGAAGCUCUGUUAGCAGCCAGCCAGCUCUGUUCUACUCCCUUCUGCUUCUGUUUCUCACACUCCUUACGUUUUUGUCACUCUUCCUCGAUCCUGCCAUCUUCGUUUUGUGCUGUCCAAGGUUGGCUCCUGAGUAACCUGUAGGGGAACACCCCGACUGUGUCCUUUGUGCAAUGCUUUGUCCCCUCUGACCCCUGCACUAUAACCCAGCUGUGGGUAAGGACAUGCCAAGUAUUUCAUGGGUCACAGAACUGGCAAGGAAGGCAACGGUCAGUUUUUAAAGAACUCUUUUUAAAACCAGCAGGUAAUGGAAAAACCUGCCUUGCUUUGACACUGUCAUAUGUUUACAUGUUGUCCUGUACACUUGAGGAAAGGAACACCAGCCCUUUUGGCCUGUUGGAAUGACUGGUGGAUCUCACAUCAGAAUUUUGGGAAGAACAAGGAGGAAAUGAGCUUCUGCAAGAACUGAGCUGUGGAAAAUGAGUCCUUGGAUCUUACCCUGCUGCAGGAGAACAUUGCUGUCAGGGCUGGGGCGCUUCCAAGUGUGUGUCUCAUAAAAUCCUGGAAUUCGGGCACCUGGAAAGAACACAUCAGGAUCCUCGAGUUCCACUCCUGUCCCUGCACAGAAACCAAGAACCCCACCCUGUGCCCAGGAGCAUUGUCCAAACACUUCAUGAACUCACACAGGCUCAGUGCUGUGGCCAUUGCCCUGGGGAGCCUGUUCCAGUGCCCAACCACCCUCAAGGUGAAAAACAUUUUUGUGAUAUCCAACCUAAACCUGCCCUCACUCAGCUCCAGCCGUGUCCUCGAGUCCUGUCACUGGUCACAAGAGUGAAGAGAUUGGUACCUGCCCCUCUGCUGUCCCUCAUGAGGGUGCUGAAGACCCAAAUGAGGUCUGACCUCAGUCUCCUCCAGGCUGAACAGACCAAGUGACCUCAGCCACUCCUCAUACAGCUCCCCCUCCAGACUUCACCAUCCUCACAGCCUCCUUUGGGUGCUCUCCAAUGGCUUCAUGGCUGUUAGAUGUUGUGGUUCCCAAAAUUGCCCCCAGCACUGAAGGUCAGGCCACCCCAGGACAAUCCCCUCCCUUUCCUGGCUGGCAGUGCUGGGCCUGAUGCCCCAGGACAUGGUUUGUUCUCUGGGCUCCAGAGCACUGCUGGCUCAGAUCCAGCCUGCCACCAACCAGGAAUGCCUGGACCCCAGUGCAGAAUGCAGCCCUUGCCCUUGUUUAACUCCUCAUGGGUGGUGAUUGCCCAUCUCUAAUUUGUUGAGGCCUCUCUACCCUUGAGGGAGUUGACAGCUCCUCCCAGUUUCAUGGUUUUGGGAAACUUAAUAUUCCUUCCAGUCCUGUGUCCAAGUCAUUCAUGAGGAUGUUGAAGAGCACAGGGCUGAGGAUGGAGCCCUGCAGAACCUCCCCAGUGGGCAGUGCCACCCUGGUGUCACCCCAGUCACUGUCACCCUUUGUGUCCAGCCUGUGAGCCAGUGGCUCACCCACCAUGGAACACCAUGAACCAGCUGUGAGCUGGACAGUCUGUCCAGAAGGUCACUGGGAGAGACAAUACCCAAAGUUUUGCUGAAGUCCAAAAGGUGACAUUGCUGCCUUUCCUGGAUCAGUGAGGUGGGUCACCCUGUCACAGAAGGAGAUCAGAUUCAACAAGCAGGACUGUCCUUAUGAAGCUGUGCUGGCUGUGACUGAUGCCUGCACUGUCCUCCAGGUGUUUUUCUGUACUUCCCAGAGUCAUCUCUUCCAUUAUUUGGCCAGGCACUGAAGUGAGACUGACAGGCCUGUGGUUUCCAGGGUUCUCCUCCUUGAUGCUGAAAACUGGGACAUUUGCCAGCUUCCAGUGAGCUGGAACCCCUCCAGAUUCCCAAAACUGCUCAAAAAUCAUGGAGAGGUUUUGCCAUGACAUCUUGAAUGCCAUGAGGUCCCAUGGAUUUGUAGGCAUCCAUGUGGAGCAGCAGAUCCUGCUGCUUUGGGGUUGACUGGGAGUUGGACAUUCCCACAGUCACAGUCCUCCAGCUCAGGGCACUGAGACCCCCUUGGUCCAUCAUGUGUGCUGAAGACAGGCAAAGAAACAUUAAACACCUCUGCCAUGUCCAUGUCCCUGUUUGUGAGGAGACCAUCCUCAUCCUGGAAUGGGCCAGUGUUAUUUCUAAUUUGCUUUUUGCCAUUAAUAUAUUUGAAAAAACUCUUUUUUAUUUCCCUCACGGUUCUGGCCAGUUUUGUCUCCAGCUGAGCUUUGGCCACACGAAUUUUCUCCUACAGUGGCAGCAGCAUUUCUGUAUUCUUCCCAUGUCACCUGACCUUGUUUCCACUGGGCAAACACCUUCCUUUUUCAUCUUAUUUCCAAGAGAAGAUCCCUGUUCAGCCAAGGAAGGGAAGGUGGUGUGAAUGCCCCAAGCACUGAAGCAAUUUCAGCAGAGGUGACCACCAGCCUGAAGCAUUUGUUGUGGUCUGAAUCUGCGUGCUCCAUGCACACACCUGAGGUGCAACACCUGGACCAGCAGCAGUCCAUCAGCUUCCACUCUGUCAGGGUGACAGGUAACAAAGCUGCACUGGCACCUUGUGAUGGGAAGCUCAGUGGAGCAGGAGAAUCCUGGAGUUCCUUGCACGGCAAAAACUGUGACAGGAAAAAGCAUUUGCCAGUACUUCCAAUCCUUCAGGUGUGAUGUUUAGCACAAGGCAACUGCUGACAAAGUCUGACUCUGGCAGGAUCACAUGUGCUGGGCUUGGAACACCAAACAGUUCUGGGGCUGUGGGCUCACUCAGGCCAGUGCAGUUCACAUCCCCAGAUGGCUUCUCUUUGAGGCUGUACAUUCAGACCUUUCUGAAAGUUGCAGUGCCAAUUUUAAAGGACUGAGGAGGGGGACAUGUUGUUGUUUUAUGCUUUUUAAAAAUGCAAUGUGUUGUUUAAGUCUGUGUAGAUGCAUUUGUAUUAUGCCAGGUAAAGCUCUCGUCCCCAAGGGAUCUUUUGGAGCUGCUGGUUUGUUAUAUUAGCAGGGGCUUGUGCUGUGUGGCUGCUGAAGGUGCUGCCAGGAAAUCUGAAUUUCCCAUGGGCUGCUUCACUGGGUGCUCUUCUGAGCCCUAGGAGGUGGCUACAGAACUCACUUCAGCCGUUCUUUGGGAGAGGAAACUUGACAGCAGAAGUGCUGUGCUGUAGUAAACACACAGCAAUGCCCAGGCACUGAUGAAAGAGCAAAUUAAAGAGAGAUUAAAGCCUCAACUGUGACUUUCUUAAACGUG